UAUCAAUGCGAUAGAGGGGGAGAGGGGAGGAUCUGAAGUCUCACACACGGCGCGGACGCGGACGUGUGAAGUGCGUCUGUGACUGCGCGCGAGAAGCGGGCGCGCUGCCUCGCGAGUGCCCAGGCUGUACUGCGCGAGCUGAGGCGAAGCAAGAAAUAACGCGACAGGCACUGCCGGGCUCCUAGACGCGAGAACUGAGGCGCGCUCCCGGUCUGGACGGACUCACUACUACUGACUGACUAGUGACCGCGAACGAGAGCGCGCAGGAGGGCAGUCGCCUUAGUAACCUGAGAGACGAGUGAAUCGGGAUGGCGAAAGAGGCGAGAGUGGUUCCUCGCAAGCAUAGCGCCUCCCAUUGGCGGAUGCAGAACAUUGCGCAGGAGUCCAUGGAUAGCUCCGACGAGGAGUUCUUCGACGCUCGAGCAGAUGUGCUGGAGGGGAAGAGCGCCAUCCUGCUGGGCAUGAGCCAGUGGAACUCCAACGACUUGGUGGAACAGAUCGAGACCCUCAGCCACAUGGAUCAGUCCCAAGAGACCCUGUACCGGCUGGGUCGCCCUCGCUGCGGUCCCCAGAACAGCAUUGAUGGCCUGGAGGAUAUGGAGAGGAAGUGCAAGACCCAUGUCCUGAUUCUGGUGGUUCAUGGCGGAAACAUCCUGGACACAGCGGGCGGUGGCCUGGGUUCGAAGGCAGACGACACGGGUACCCUGGCCUCCGUGUUGGAGAAGGUGGCACGUGCGCACUUCCAGGCAGCUGCGGAGCACAUGCUCAUCAAGCUGGUACCUUGCCCUGCUGUGUGCGCUGAGGCCUUCUCCCUCGUCUCCAACCUGAACCCCUACAGCUAUGACGAGAGCUGCGUCUCCAGCAGCGUGGACCAUCUACCGCUGGCUGCGCUGCCCCUGCUGGCCAUUGCGUCUCCGCACUACCAGGAUGCCGUGGCAACCGUCAUCGCCCGUGCCAACCAGGUGUACCAUGCCUUUCUUCAGUCCCCAGAUGGGCUGGGCUUCACAGGGCAGGUGUGUCUGAUAGGCGACUGCGUGGGGGGCGUCCUGUGUUUCGAUGCCCUGUGCUUCAGCGGCGGCCGGAAGCCUGGCAGCCCCAGCAGCGACAGCGAGAACAACAGCACGGAGAGCCUGAAGGACAACCCCUUGAUUCGGACCGAGGCCGGCUGCGGCCUGAGCGCCAGCAAGCGUCUCAGCAAGAGCAACAUUGACAUCUCGGCCCCUAGCGGCACGGCCACGCCCCCGUGUCAGCCGCUCAGCAGGAAGCAGAGCGACUCGUGUGACGGCGAUUCGUCCCAACACCAUGUCUUCUUCAGCGGCAGUCUCCUGCAAGAAGAAGGGACUCUGCGGACAGGCAGCAGCACUCUGCUCCGGAACCCGGGGCGGUUUGACUUCCAGGUGGCGGACUGUUUCCUUCUGGGUUGCCCGCUGGGCCUGGUGCUGGCUAUGAGGAGGACGGUACUUCCGGCCGUCCAGGUCUCCCAGCUGCGGCCCGCCUGCUCGCAGAUCUACAACUUGUUCUACCCCUCGGACCCCUCUGCGUCGCGCCUGGAACCCCUCCUGCACCCCCACUUCCACCGACUGCCUCCCUUUGCUAUGCCACGGUACCAGCGCUACCCGUUGGGCGACGGCCGCUCCGCACUCAUAGCCGACAGCAUCCACGGCCACCCCGAGGUGUUCUCGGAGGAGGGGCCGAGCCCAAAAGAAGAUGAGCCAGGGGGGGAUGGGCCACGGCGAGCCAGUCUCACUAGUGUCAGCAGUGGGAUGUCGACCUGUUCCGUGGGCUUCUUGAGCAACACCAUUGGCAACAUCUCCACCUUCUGGUGGGGGACCAAGAGGCUGGACUACGCGCUCUACUGUCCGGACGUCCUCACAUCGUUCCCCACUGUGGCGCUGCCACACCUGUUCCACACCUCCUACUGGGAGUCUACAGAUGUGGUGGCCUUUGUGCUCCGCCAGGUGAUGCGCUGCGACUGCCUAAAGGCCCAGGAAGCGGACAACUCCGAUUCCGCCCCCUUCUCCCCGUCUAGCCCCCGGGAAAAGUGGCUGCGCAGGCGAACCCACGUCAAGCUACGGAACGUGACCUCAAACCACAGGGUGAACGAUGUCAUCGCAACGGAAGACGGACCCCAGACGCUGGUCGGUCGGUUCAUGUACGGCCCCCUGGACAUGGUCACUCUGACAGGAGAGAAGGUGGAUAUCCUCGUGAUGAGUCAGCCCCAGUCGGGCCGCUGGGUGCAUUUUGACACGGAGGUGACCAGCAGCAGUGGCAGAGUGACCUACACCAUCCCCCAGAGCAAGAGGCUGGGUGUGGGGGUCUAUCCUGUCAGGAUGGUGGUCAAGGGCGACCAGACAAGCGCGGAGGCCUACCUGACGGUGCUCCCGCGGAGCAUGGAGUGUGUGGUGUUCAGCAUCGAUGGGUCUUUUGCCGCCAGCGUCUCCAUAAUGGGCAGCGACCCCAAGGUGCGCCCUGGAGCCGUGGACGUCGUCAGACACUGGCAGGACCUGGGCUACCUGAUCAUCUACAUCACAGGCCGCCCAGACAUGCAGAAGCAGCGUGUGGUUUCCUGGCUCUCGCAGCACAACUUCCCACAGGGCGCUGUCUUCUUCUCCGAAGGCCUGGUCCAUGACCCGCUGCGACAGAAGACCAUUUUCCUCAGGAACUUGAUACAGGAGUGCCACAUCAAGAUCAGCGCUGCCUACGGCUCCAUGAAGGACAUCUCCGUGUACAACAUGCUGGGUCUGGGUCCUUCUCAGAUAUACAUAGUGGGCCGGCCGUCCAAGAAAUACCAAAACCAGUGCCAGUUCCUCAGCGAGGGCUACGCAGCACACCUCUCCUCUCUGCAGUUUGGCCACCGGACGCGGCCCAAGAAGAGUCCGUCGGUGCGCAUGGUUCUGCGCAAGGGCUCCUUCGGCCUGUCCGCCAAGCCCGACUUCCUGUGCAAGCGCACGCACCUGCGCCGCACCAUGUCCGUGCAGCAGCCUGACCCGCCCUGCACCCCGAACCCCAAGCCCGAGCGAGCCCAGAGCCAGCCGGAGUCGGACAAAGACCACGGGGGGGGCGGCGGGGCCCUCUCCGUGUGGGGCCGAGGGUCCAUGCACCGUGGAGACACCACCCCCUGAGGAUGAGAGAAGGAUGGGAACGAAGGAUGGUGGGGGGGGGGGGGGGGGGCAGCGCGGAGGCCAGGGACACACAAAAAUUGAGAACCCUGCUGAAAUUACACCCUCUUCUGCAACACCUUUAUUGGCCCCUCUGCUCUGUGUGGUUUGAAGAUGCUUUUCCAGCCCAUUGAGUGUGGGACGUAAGCUGCUUACCGUCACUUUCCUUUAUUCCCGCUCCGGAAGCCGGGCAAAGUACCUGUACAUGCACAACGCUGUAAGAACAAGACUGUAAUGAGUCCCACCUGUGUUGGAGAAGAUUGCGUUCACAAUGAACUGAUCGUAAACCAGGCUUUGGUUUUUUCCAAUUAAUGUUUUUAUGGACGUGAUUUCAGUGGAGGAACAAACAGGUGCUGUCACGGAAUUCCGGACGGGGUAAAACCGGCCCGGUGGAGUGAAAGAACAAGUAGUGAGGUUCCACAGGUCUCGUUUCCUGUACAUUCGUGCUGUGCUGCCCAGGCAGGGUGUGGAGCAGGCAGUCGGGGUGCAAAGUGACCGGCAGGAACUGGACCCCUCCGUGCUGAGGAAUUUUCGCUGUAAGCUUUACCGUCAUUUGGAUUCUGUAACGCGGGCGGUAAAUGUGGAAUGUAAAAUGCACAGCUAGAGACAAAGUCCAGUUUUCUGCUCCUGCCAUGACGUGCCCCGCGGUCAGAGGCUGCCACUCCUCUCCUGCAAUAAUAUUCUAGUUACUUAUAUGUUUUUAUACAUAUAUUGUACAUGUGAGUUAAUUUAGCAGUUUGUUCCUCUCUGAGCCAACAUGUCCAGGAUGUCUGCUGCUCCUGGGUUUUUACCAUGAAUAACCUUCUGUUACUGUGCUGGGGAGGGGGGGUACCUUGCCGAAGCAGGCAGAACCUCAGCGGGGAGUCCGGCGAGACCCUCGCUGAUUCAUUCUUGCACAUGUGAACCCUCUGCUCUUCAGUCCCAAGAGCCCCUAAGGGGUUUCUGUUGACGUUAUUCUGGGCACGCUUGACGAAAGUGAUGUCUGUGAGUUACCUGAGCGUUGUGGCAGUUGUUUUGUGGCGUUUACAUUGUAAUAGAAUGUGUGUGCUCCACUACUACAUUUUUUCAUUGUUAAAAUAGCACCGACAUGCUGAUAUGACAUCACGUGACUUUAUAAGGGGCUUGGUUGUGUUGGCCUUUUGCAAAUGGACCAUGUUUACUGUGCUUUGACUGAAGAAACCAACAAAAUAACUGUGGAGCACUGACGGGGACUUCUCAUGCUCCUGCUAAAAGCAGAAAUAGAUGAACAUACAAGGAGCAUGGAUGAUUGUGAAACGAGCCCUGAGAACACCUGUUACAUGGGGAAUUCUCUCCAAAGGUAACCAGCACUUCAACCAGAAGAUCAAAACUAAGCUGAAAUGGAACGAAAAUCUGUUUUUGGGAGCCUGCUGGUGGCUGUUGUCAGGAAAAUGUCAAACUCCGAACGACACGAGAAAAAGGCAAAGCAAAAUUUCGGGUGAAAGACUGGCACCGUAGGAACUCCGAGAUGUUUUUUGGUUGAACUGAGAUGUUUUCGUUGUCUGCCAAGUCGAUCCUGGAUGGGUCGGAUCCUUACCACGUCCCGUGAUCUAGUGUCCAGCCAGUAGGACUUUCAGCCCUGUGUUCUGCAUACUUAUUUUUCUAAGAGGAAUAACUUUUCCCUAUAGUAUUUAAAUAUAUUUUAAAGAGUCAUUUUUGAAUUGUGUUGUUUAAAUGGAUACUUGUCAAAGUUGUAUAUUGCCUUAAAUUGUAUUUUCAUGUCCCAGAGGAGGACAAGAGUUGCUUUAUAUUAUCCUUAUUGCUUGACCAAAGUAUACUAGUUUGACAUUAUUGGAAAAGUAUAUUGUGUCUUUCUGUACUUAAUGUUUUUUCUGUACUUUGUGUAUGCACAUAUAAAUUACAUAUGGACUAUUUUAAAAAUCAUGCUUAAACUGUGUCUUUUAGUAUUCGAUGCCACCCACGCAGGUUAAGGGGUACGACCAGGGAACAUCAAGAUGAAGCCCUACUGUUUACCUGUAUUUUGACAGAACAAGGAACAGGUGAC